AUGUUUUUCCAGAGCUUAAAAUUAUUACCAGUGAUUUUAUUGACCUUUUAAUACUUUAAAGAAAAAGAACAAAGUUAUUUCAAAUAUCCUACUUUUUAAUUAUUGAUAUUUGAUAUAUUACCGUUACUCAUCUUCUGCUUACAAAUAGUCCUAUUCUAUAAGAAUUGGAUUGAUACGAAAAUAUGAUGAAUAUUAUUAUACUAAUUUGCUGUCAAUAUAUGUUUAUCAUUUUACCACAGAAAUAAUUGGAAUUUUAGAAAUUAAUGAACAAGAAUAAUAACUUGUAUAAAAAAGAAUACUGACUAUAAUGUUGAAUAUUUUGAUAAUAUAAUUUUAUAAUUAACAAUGGAAAUAAUAUGGAUUAUCCAAUUAAUAUUAACAGAAAUUUUCUUGUUGUGAUUUGAAUUAGAUUGGUAAUUAGUAUUUUACCUCGUAAUACCUGUGUUUAAAUUUAUUUAAGUUGUUAUUUAAUAUUAUGAAAGAAGGAAAAGGAAGAAUAGUUGAAUAUAAUAUAAAAAAGCAAAAAAAAUAGAAUUAGAGGGAAAAGAUAUGA